UUCUCAACAUUCGGACAUACAAAAGAAGUAAAAUAACAGCAAGGCCCUUCUGCCUAAAACCUCUCUGUGUUUCUUAGUGGCCGUACAGUUCUCUUCGUUCGAAGGCCAAGGACUGGAAUUGUAGAAGACCAUUGUCUCCCCUUACUGUAUUUUUCAUUUCGGCUUUUGUCUACAUGGGAUAACAGAUGAAGGAUCUUGAGGUCCCACAAUCCAUGAAAGGAAAAUUUGAGAAAAUGGGUCCAUUUCCCAAACAACCUUUGUUUUGCCUGAAAUGGCCAUGGGACAUCCAUCAAAAUCCUAGAAAUUCCAACACUUGCAGCUUUGAGGGUCCUUGGAUAUUCAAAUCCUUGCAAAAUCUUGGAUCUGUUGCUUUCAACUUCGCCAACUCUGUUUCAAAAUCCUCGUAUCCUUGGAUCAGUACCUUUAAACCCUUCCAAUUGGAUGCUGGAACCAACCAAAGUCAGAGUUUGAAGUCAAAAAAGAAGAUCUUGACUCCUGAAGAGCAAGGAGAGGCGGAGCACAGAGCAUUUGCCUCAGCUUUGGCAACUGGGAAAGAGGCUACGGUGAUUGAGUUCUACUCACCAAAAUGCAGGCUGUGCAAUUCUUUAGUUAAUUUUAUUACGGAGGUAGAGGGUAGAAACUCAGAUUGGCUCAGCAUUGUCAUGGCAGAUGCAGAAAAUGAGAAAUGGCUACCUGAGCUUCUUCAUUAUGGUAUUACAUAUGUACCUUGCUUUGUGCUGCUGGACCAAAAAGGGAGGGCACUAGCAAAGACAGGCGUUCCAAGCAGUCGGCUACAUGUAAUAGCAGGUCUCUCUCAUCUUCUUAAAAUGAAGCGUCCCCAGAAACAUAAUCGCUAGACUGAUACAAUGAUAUUGUGCCAACUCGAACAACAACUAUUAAGUUUGUAUUCAUCAUGUUUUUAGUCACAACGCAUUAGAUUUAAGUUUAAUGGAUGUUUCGAAGUCAGCAAGCAUGUUUUGCACAUAAAAAGUAUUAUUGCAGGAAUUUAAUUCUGCUAGUGUUAGCUCA